AUGUCUAGGACCUGGUCUACCUCUACUUUGGUACAAGGCAUGGAGGCAGCGACGAUGCCUAAUCUUCUUGAUGACAGCCUGCCUACAGAUCCCGAGGAACUGGCGAGAGCAUUCGAGGACCUUGAGCGUAUGGAGGCCGAGCUUGGGGAUUCGGAGCUUGGGGAUGCGGACGGUGAUGCCCCGGGCGAGAUGCUAGAAGAAACCCAACAAGAGACCACGCCUGAGCCGAGCGCCGCGGUGGAGCCGAAGGAUGCGCCGGAGGAGCCUGGGCCGAUCAAGGCCGAGAGUGUGACUCCUGAAAGGACCCUUGUGAACACUGCGGUUCCGGAUGGGCACAGUCAUGAUGUGAAGAUUCCGGAUGUGCGUGACGACAAGGCCCCGCGGCCCGAGGUCGGUGUGCAUACCUUAAGCGCCGAGGCCAUCCGGUCUCGGGCGAGACGGAUUUUUACCCCAAGGACGAACGGCACGUUCAAGGUUUCGGAGACCGUGUUUAAGGAGUGGAACCGGCGUGGCUCCGUGGAAAGGAAGAACUUAGAGAUGAUCUUUGCCCAAUGUGGGUACUCCCCCGAGGUCUUUAUCGCGGAGGUGGAAGUUCUGAGAGAACAGCUCUACGAGAAGGACUUGACCAUCGAAGGAGAGUUUCUUUCCGAAGCUGCCAUGGAGGAAGAGGGCAUAAGCGA